AUGUCAAUUCCAAUAAACCUUAAUGAUGAUCUCUUUGAAUGGCAAGAUGAUGCUGAAGUCACUUCAUGUUUCAUAUGUGAUAGACCUUAUAAUAUUUUCUUUAAUAGAAGACAUCAUUGUAGGAAAUGUGGCAAAGUUGUUUGUGGUGAUUGUUCAUCACAAUUUAUAAGUUAUUUCCCCAAUACACCAAUAGUUACUGAACCACAUGUGGUUUUUCCCCAAUAUUCUAAACCUCAUACUAAAUAUCGAACAUGUGAUCAAUGUGUGGAAGAGAUUCUAAUGAUUAGACGAGCAUUAUUUAAUAGUGACAUUAGAAGCCACACUACUACUAUUGCAUCAAGUGUGGAGACUGAUCAUGAAGAUAAUAACAAUGGUGCUGUUAGUGGUGGUGGUGGUGGUGGUGGUGGUGAUGAUGUUCAUGGUGACAUUCAUAGCGAUGGUAAUAAUGAUGGCGGGGAUAAUAACAGUCUUACUAAACAUGUCAGUCAUCAAUAUACUCGACAUUUACAUAAUUCGACUCCGUCAUUAAGAGCUACUCAUGAUCUGUCAUCAGAUUCAAAUUUAUGUCCUGUGUGUGCCACCAAUUUAUUGAAAUUAUAUAUUGCUGAUAUUCAUUCACAUGCACAAGAUAAAACUUAUUUACAAAAAAUAUCUAAUGAAGAUUAUGAAAAAUUUAAAGAAUUUCAUAUUAAUCAAUGUUUAACAAAUUUUGAUUUUGAUACUAAUCAUUCAAAUAGAUUUUCUCCAGAUAAUCUGAAAACUUUAAAGAAUAAAAUGUUGGUUUAUAACAUACCACCGAUACCAAAACCAAUGUAUGAAAAUAUAGAAAGUGGGAGUAAUUCACUACCUAUUGAAAAGGCCAAUAAACUGGAAGAAAUUAAAGGUGAUGCGUACGAUGAUGAAGAUGAAGAUGAUGAUGAGGAGGAGGAGGAAGAGGAUAAUGAAUGUGUUAUAUGUUUGGAAAGUUUGAAUCCAGGUGAUAAAGUUGGUCGAUUGGAAUGUUUAUGUGUUUUCCAUUAUAAAUGUAUUAAAGAUUGGUUUAAUAAGAAAGGUUAUGGUGAAUGUCCAGUUCAUUUCUUACAUAAAUAA